GGCCUUCGCAUCAGGAGGGUUGUUGUGGUCGGGUUGUGUUUUCGCGUCGCCUGGCGCAUCCCGACAUUUCCUUUCUGCAAUGGCUCAGAGCAGUGCUGGAAGCUCUAGUAGCAAAAUAGCUGACUUUAAGGCUCGCUUAGCAAAGCUGCACACAAAGAGGAAUGAGGCUGCAGCUCUGAACCACAAAGAAGUUGUUGAAGAAGAUCGUCAGAAACAGAUGCCCAAAAACUAUGCAAAGAAGAGAGAACGGUUAGAAGCAGAAUUUGAAGAAGAGCAGCGUAAAGAAGCUGUUAUGGCACAGGGUAAAGACUAUGACCGUCUCAAGAUGUUGGAAGUUGGAGCUGAUGAGGCUGAACGUUGGGAGAGAAGAAAGAAGAAAAAGAACCCAGACCAAGGUUUCUCUACCUAUGAAGAUGCUACAAUUAGACAGUACAACCGUUUGGUAAAGAACAGGAAGAUAGACUUGGAAGAGUAUGAAAGAGAAAAAGAGGCAGUGGGGGAAGAUGCAUUCUAUGGAAGGGACAACACUAUAGCUAUUGGUCUUCACAAGGAUUCCAAAGAAGCUAUUGAUGGUAUGGUAGAUGAUCUAGAGAAACAGAUCUCUAAGCGAGAGAAAUACUCACGCCGCCGUAUCUUCGAUGAUGAUGCUGACAUCAACUUUAUCAAUGAGCGUAACAUGAAGUUCAACAAGAAGCUGGAGAGAUUCUAUGGUGACUACACUGAGGAAAUCAAGCAGAAUCUAGAACGUGGAACUGCUGUGUAAUUCUUUAGAUGUUUCAUGCCAGUUUUACAGUCUAUACAAAUUAACAGAAAAAGUAUGUUAUUGUAGAAGUUCAUGGUGGAUUUCAGUAUCUUUUAUUUUUAUAUAUUGUUUUAUGUCAUUGUCAUUAGGUUUUCUGGAAUGUAUCACUUAAUUAGGAACAUAAUUGAUAGUUGAU